AUGAAGACCUCCUUCGGAUUGCUCGCUCUGGCAGCGGCUGCUAAGCUGGUCAACGCCCACGCCACCGUCUUCGCUGUCUGGAUCAACGACGAGGACCAGGGCCUGGGCAACACUGCUGAUGGCUACAUUCGUUCUCCCCCCAACAACAGCCCCGUCACCGAUGUCACCUCGAAGGACAUGACCUGCAACGUCAACGGCGCUACCGCGGCCGCCAAAACCCUGGACGUCAAGGCCGGUGACAAGAUCACGUUCGAGUGGCACCACAACAGCCGCGAUGCCUCGGACGACAUCAUUGCCUCUUCCCACCUGGGCCCCGUCAUGGUCUACAUGGCCCCCACGGAGAAGGGCUCCGCCGGCAGCGGCUGGGUCAAGAUCGCCGAGGAUGGCUACUCGAACGGCAAAUGGGCUGUUGACACUCUGAUUGCCAACCGCGGCAAGCACUCCAUCACCGUCCCCGAUGUGCCCGCCGGCGAGUAUCUGUUCCGCCCCGAGAUCAUUGCCCUGCACGAGGGUAACCGCGAGGGCGGCGCUCAGCUCUACAUGGAGUGUGUGCAGGUGAAGGUCACCUCCGAUGGCUCCAAGACCCUGCCUGAGGGUGUCUCCAUCCCCGGCACCUACACCGCCACCGACCCGGGCAUUCUGUUCGACAUCUACAACUCCUUCGACAGCUACCCCAUCCCCGGCCCGGCCGUCUGGGAUGGCUCUUCCUCUGGUUCCAGCUCUGGAUCGUCCAAGACCACCGCUGCUGCACCUGCCGCCACCUCCGCCGCCUCUGCUUCCUCCACCAAGGCCCCGGCCACUACCGCUGCUCCUGUCCAGACCGAGUCUGCGAAGCCCGCUACCUCCACGACUCAGGCUGCCGCCCCGACUACCCUCGUCACGUCUGCGAAGCCCACGGCCACGGCUACGGCUGGCGCCGGUGACUCCGGCUCUGGCUCCUGCUCCGCCACCGCCCCCGCCACCGGUGUCGUCAAGAUGUACGCGCAGUGCGGUGGCAUGAACUACUCUGGCAGCACCACUUGCGAGAGCGGUCUGACCUGCAAGCAGUGGAACCCCUACUACCACCAGUGCGUUAAGGCUUAG